UGUGUAAAAAUUGGAGGGUAUUUUGAGAAAAUGAGCAUCUGCCAUUUUCGAAGGCAGAGAGAACAAAAAGAAACAUUUUUGAGUUCAAACAAACAAGCGAAGUUAAAACAAACGUUUAGGGAGGAUCCUUGGAGUAUCAGAAGUUCAGGAAUAUCGCUGGCAUGAAGCCUGUGGAGGAAAUCACUUGAAAAGGAUUCCGGGGAUUUUAGUGAAUUGGGGCCGCUAGGCAGACAAGGCGCUUGAAGAGGUUGCUCUAUAUUACAAAGGACUUCUACAUGCUUGCAUUGUCAACAACUUUAUUUUAUUGGGUGCAAUCAGAUUCCGCAACUUCACCCUAUCAAAAAAGAUUCCACAACUUCUUCCACAUGUAGGCUUUUUUGAUAAAAGAUAUCAACUAGCUUAAUUUCUCUCCAUGGAUUCCAAGAUUAUCAUCCUCCUCAUCUUCAUUUCCAUCCUUUCCUAUCAACUGCACUGUUGUACUGCUCAACCUUGGACUAAAGCUGGUUACUGGUAUGCUGGCAGUGAAUCCCCGAUUCCUGACAUAAAUUCUGCCCUGUUUACACACCUAAUAUGUGGCUUUGCUAAUGUCAGCUCCACCACCUACCAGCUUUCCAUUCCCCCAGAGCAGGAACAAUACUUUUCUAGCUUCACCAACAUUGUCAAAAGUAAGAACCCAUCAGUUAUCACACUUCUAUCUAUCUGGAAUGGACAAGCUACAACUGCUAAAUCCAUAUUGGGUGAGAAAGUCAAUACUUCAGUAUUGUCUUCAAUGCUUAACCAAUCUUCUUACAGAAAGUCUUUCAUUGAAUCCUCAAUAAAAACUGCAAGGCAAUAUGGAUUUCAAGGCAUAGACUUAUUUUGGCUUUGGCCUAACACUGCCUCCGAUAUGACCAAUAUGGGAAUUCUGUUGGAUGAAUGGCGAGCUGCUGUGGAUUCUGAGUUAAGAAACUCGAGCGAGUCAAAAUUGAUACUGACGAUGGCCCUUUAUUACUUACCAAGUUUUGAAUUUGGGGGUUACCCAAUUGGCUCAAUACAAAGAAAUAUGGAUUGGGCACAUGUUGUGGCAUAUGACUAUCAUCUGCCCUUAAAUGAGAAAUUUAUUCAUGCUCAUGCUGUUUUAUAUGAUCCAUCAAGCAAUGUGAACACUGAUUAUGGUAUAAGAGGGUGGUUGGCUAAAGGAUUUCCACCUAAAAAGCUGGUUUUUGGUUUGCCUUACCAUGGCUAUGCCUGGACACUUGUGAAUCCCAAAGAGAAUGCUAUUGGUGCACCAUCGUCAGGGCGGGCUGAAACGGAAGAUGGAUCCAUGAGUUACAAGUACAUCAAGACAUACAUUCAAAGUUAUAAUGCUAAAACAAUAUUCAAUGCAACUUUUGUUAUGAAUUACUGCAUUAUAGGAUCGACUUGGAUUAAUUUCGAUGAUGUGGAGUCUAUCAGAGCUAAGAUUUCUUAUGCCAAGCAGAAGAAUCUACGUGGUUACAAUGUGUUUCAGGUCAGCAAUGAUGAUAAUUGGAUGCUUUCUCAGGCAGCUCAAGAGGAAGAUAAUGGUCCAGAAAAAAAGCGAAAAUUACUGUUGAUAAUUAUGCUUCCGACAGCUUUAAUCAUUAUCAUUCUAGCCUUCAUGAUGUAUUACAUACGAGACAGAGUACUGAAGUCAAAAGGCAUGAUGAUUUUAGACAACAGAAGUCCAUCUCAGCCGGUAAACAAUACAUUAGAUUCUGAAAAUCUUGACAGCAAUGAUCCUAAUCCGAAAGCACUCAGCCUUUCCACCAUCAAAGUAGCUACAAAUGACUUCUCAAGUGCCAACAAGCUUGGAGAGGGUGGUUUUGGCCCUGUUUACAAGGGUAUAUUACCAAGGGGACAGGAAAUAGCAGUGAAGAGACUUUCUAAAACGUCUACACAAGGACAUGAGGAGUUCGCAAAUGAGGUUGCUCUUACUGCAAGACUUCAACAUAUAAAUCUAGUUAGAGUUCUGGGAUUUUGUAUAGAGGGUGAUGAAAAAAUGCUAAUCUAUGAGUACAUGCCAAACAAAAGCUUGGAUCUCUACCUAUAUGAUCCAAUUAGACAGCAUGUGUUAGAUUGGAGAAAGCGUGUUCACAUCAUUGAAGGGAUUACUCAAGGGCUUCUAUAUCUUCAAGAAUAUUCAAAUUUUACAAUAAUUCACCGAGAUCUUAAAGCUAGCAACAUUUUACUGGACAAGGAUUUGAAUCCAAAGAUAUCAGAUUUUGGGAUGGCUAAACUUUUUGGAAAAGAUGAACAUGAAGCAAACACAGACCGGAUUGUUGGAACCUAUGGCUAUGUUCCUCCGGAAUAUGUUAGAAAAGGUGUGUACUCCAUGAAGUAUGACGUCUAUAGUUUUGGAGUUCUACUUCUGCAAAUCAUAAGUGGCAAGAGGAAUUCAUGUUAUUAUGGCACGCAUGAAACUUUGACCCUUCUAGAAUAUGCGUAUGAGAAGUGGAUAGUAGGUGAAGGCAUGGAUUUUAUUGAUCCAUCGCUGGAUGAUUCCUCUUCAUCUUGCAAACUCAUAACAUGCUUGCAAGUAGCCCUGUUAUGCGUUCAGGAAAAUCCAGUGGAUAGACCAACAAUGUUGGAAGUUUAUUCAAUGCUCAAAAAUGAUAUUGGUGCUAUCUCUACCCCUAAAAGGCCAGCUUUUUCAACACAAAUUGAUGAAAAAGUAACGGGCAGAUCUACAUCAGAGCAAGGAAGUUGUUCAGUUUAUGAUUCAUCAAUUUCCCAAAUAAGUGGACGAUGACCAGGAUGGUGUUUUUGGGAGAUGAUAUACUAGAGAGAUUAUUGUUUUCAGUUGUUCCCAGUACUGGUCUUCUUGUUGUUGUAGACUCCAUAAAUUUGAUUGUUGUUUCUUCGAACAAAG